ACUCCGCGUUGUCCCUGCCCCUUCCUCCGCUUUCAUCGCAACCGAAAGGACAGCCCACUCAGAAAUGAACAUGGACAGUCCAUUCAUCAAAGCGGCCAUGCUGUGUCCCCUGCUUCUGCUGGCGGUGGGUGCCGUAGUGGCUCUUGGUCGUCCCAGCGACCGGACGCCCUGGGACUCUGACGCCCGCGACUUGCUGGCCCUGCGCUACCUGUCCGGUGAAGGCCGCGGUGUCCGGCCGGCCUUGACCAAGCGGGCGCUCAGCCUCUUCGCCCACUGGCGGCCCCAGUACACCCCCGGAGGCGACGAGCCCGAGCUGCCCAGUGACAUCUCUGGAAGGCCCCACGGACUCCCGCUGCGCUGGGGCUAGGCCACCCGAGCAGCAGGGACCGCGUGGGCUCGUUUAUCGCCAGGCGACGCCAGUGCGAGGCAGCGCACGUGCCUGUAUUCAUGAAGUCUCCCACACUCCAGUCCUACGAAAAAUUUACCGAGGCAGAAAUGAGAAGCCAUCUCUCUUUUGUUCGUUUGUUCCGAUUCGGGCUUCCUUUUGGAGUAGUGGAUUAGGCCCGCUCCACUUCCUAUAUUACUGUGAAGACCAUGUGAUUUAUAGAAACAUUCUGCGUGCUGCAUCAGCUGCAUUUGCAAGCAUGGAUACAGCUUCUAUUUAUUUAUUUAUUUAUUCAUUUAUUUAUUUAUUACUUUGUCAUUACAUAGAACAAUUUAUCCCUAGUAUUAAGUCACACAAUCUCAGAUGUCCCCUCCGUAGAUGUGGUAGUAGUGCGUCGUUAGAGGAGUGGUAGGUAUCACAUUGUCAGCAUAACAAAAACGAUGCGAUGGUCAUUGCGUGAAAACACGACAAAAUGAGCACCUCUCACUUACCAUCCACCUUUGCAGUCAUGCGCAACACACAUGGCUGAUGUGUUCAACGUUUUCCUGUGUUUCUAUAACUCUCGUCGGUUGCCGUUAGUGACCAGCGCCGAUAACUCCAGUUUUUCACUUACUGCAGGUUCUUUUGAAGUGUUGUGACUGUGGUGUAGUAAUGACUAACGAUCGCAAUUGCGACACUCCAGUGUAGUACCAUAUAAAUACAGUGCUAGAAAAGUGGACAUAUAAAGCGAAAUAAAAAAAGUGCAGAAAAAAAAGCACAGAAGAAUGUUAACCAAAAAAAAAAAACAGGAGGAGGCUUUGUUUUAAGCAGCGAUAUAGAUAUAAUAAAGUUUCAUGCCAGCACAACAUCACCCCAAGUAGCCAGCCUAAUGCAAACUGUAGUCAAAAUUUAUUUUUAAAAUGAAGGUUUGCGCAACUGCACAUGUAUUAGAAUAGUCUUGUCCUGGGAUCAUUGGUACGUAGUUUGAAGGAACAAAGAAUCCAGCCUUGAAGGACGCGUAGACCAGAGGAGUAGGUUUUUCCGAGCACACACGCUGGUAUACAUGUUCCUAAAAUUUCUUUUUUUUUCUGGACGCGUCAUUCAGUGCUAGGUUUAUCGUCCUUUCAAGCUUAUUUACAAUUUCUAAAUAAACGAAGUCAACUGUUCGCUUAAAAUAACAAAACAGGCCGCUUUUUACAACAGUCAUUGGAUUGCAGUGUGCUUGGAAAUGUUACCUAGAACUAACGACGCAAGUGUUCCUAAAUAGUUACAUUUUACUGAGAAAUGAUUCUUGCCCUGUAUGAAACAUAUGAUAUACAUUCGUGAGCGUGCGUCUCGUUCAACGCAAUAAAAUAUCUCUCAGGUUAUUGAAAUGAAUUUGAGAAUCUGUGUAUGUAAUCAUUGUAUCCUUGUGUUUCAAAUGAUUGCUAUUAUGCUUAUUUUUUGCAUUUUCAGCAGAAACAAAUUGACGCCUUAUGAAGCGUUGGUCUGAGGAGGCGUCGCUUUCAUUUGUUGUGAAUACGAAAUAGCGUACAGGGAGAUUAUCUAUAUGUAGCGUGAAGGCCAAUGCAGUGCAGCGACUGAAGAAAAAAAAAUAUCCGUGAUAAGCACUACGAUGUAGACAGGUGCGAUGCGAAUUCGCGUGCCCGUGAAUACGAAGGCGUAAAAAAGUAAGAGGAGAGGGCACGCAUUAAGCUGCGCGAAAACUAAUUAGAGCCCAGCUUGUCAGUGCUUACGGGAUCUCUGUGGUUCACUGCAGAAUAUACAUCUGCGGUGCAAAGGCAUCGCUAUACUCUUACACGAAACAAAAGCACCGGUCUUGCAAUGCUCUGUAUGCAAACCGUGAUUGCUUCUACAAAACAUUAGAAACGCGCAUAAUUUUGCUAGCGGUGUUGUUGCGUAUAGUUUCGUGCACUUAAUGUUACUUAAUCACGCAAAUUUACUGACAAAAACAUUUAAAAGCUUGAGAAUACUCCUAGUUGUUUUCUACAAGAUAAACAAACAGAAAUAUUUGAAAUGUUUAGUGAGCGUUUGUUUCAUGCACACAAGAUCCCUUACGAAGUACCCACACUUCCUUUGGUGACUUGCCAAAUAUAUACUUCAUCAUAGAUGUCUCUCAUAGGUUUCGUUUUGUGUAAAAUAUGAUAUAUUCGACCACUGUAUCGAUACUUUUCUCUAUCAAGUGUAACACAAAGAAGCAGCAAAAAGCAUGAGCUGCGUAUAUUGCAGCACACACUGAACUGAAGCGAUUUGACUUUGAGCGUCUUGCAUGCUUCGUUGUUACAGUGUACCUUGUUGUAUUGCUUGCUGUCGAAUAAAAUUUUGUUGUAGCAGUG